AUGAAGCUAGAAGAAUGCUGGUUCCGUGUUACCCUCAAUUGUUUAUCGAUUCUCGGCAUCAUCGUAAUGACUAUUUCUUUUUAUUUGAUGCUGUUCGUCCCAGCAAAACUUAACUUCAUUUCUAAACUAGCUAUACAUGGACAUGAGAUCUCAUCGGGAAUCAGUCAAAUCUUCUUCACUAUAAUUGCAGUGCCCACAAUCACUCUACCAUGUAUUGGAAUAUACGUAGAAGGAGCCUUUUCUCAUUUUUCAAUAAUGAGUCCGCUGAGUAUAGCUUGGGCUGUCUUAAUAUUACUAAUUAUUGAAGGAUGGUUUGUAGGAUUUAUUUCUGUGAUCAGAGUCUUCGCUGUCUCCAUGAAUGUCAACGAAACUACAAAGAAACGAAUAUUGUUUUAUCAUUUCACUCACCUGCUUAUUCAAGUUUCCAUUUUCGUAUAUGGUGGCGUGAGUCUCAGUAAUGCUGGAGAAGUAGGACUGAACGAGUGCGAAAAGCUAGACAAAAACAUAGUAGAGCUCUACCGUUCGUAUUCAGAGUCCUCGAUUUAUUUCAUCCCAGCAGCAAAUACUACCCUUUAUUUCCUUAUAUGUGAUGGGUUGUUCUUAGCAAUAGUGUAUACAGUAGUUUCAUCAAUUUGUGGAAGUAUUUUACUCAAGCAUUUGAGAAGUCAAGCAACCGCAACACAGUCUUUCAAACAUUCGACUCGACAAAGAAAUUUCACUACAGCAGUAUUGUGCUUGUUAGUUAUCGAAGUAUUCGGCUUAGGUGCUCCUUGUGCUUACAUGGGUAUCUGCUGUAUGUUCAAACUCGGAUCCCCAAUUCACUCCCGAAUUUGUAUAAUGAUCAUUGCCAUCUACCCACUACUGGGUUGCUCCUGCAUUUGGCUGGCGAAUCCAGUCUAUAGAAACAGAAUAGGAAAGAUAGCUAGAAAAGUUUCAUUCAAUUUCUGGUCUAAAACUAGCACUCAGAAAGUAUCAGCUGCAGCCUUAUCUCGCCAGCAAACCUCCAGAAUUUGA